AGGGUCUGCGGGCUGUGCGGGAACUUUGACGACAACGCGGCCAACGACUUCACCACACGUGGCCGAGCUGUGGUGGGGGACGCGCUGGAGUUCGGGAACAGCUGGAAGUUCUCACCGUCCUGCCCGGAUGCGCUGGCGCCCCAGGACCCCUGCACGGCCAACCCCUACCGCAAGUCCUGGGCGCAGAAACAGUGCAGCAUCCUGCACGGCGCCACCUUCGCCGCCUGCCACGCCCACGUGGAGCCCACCAAGUACUAUGAGGCCUGCGUGAGUGACGCUUGUGCCUGUGACUCGGGGGGCGACUGCGAGUGCUUCUGCACGGCUGUGGCCGCCUACGCCCAGGCCUGCCAUGAGGUGGGCCUGUGUGUGUCCUGGAGGACCCCGGACAUCUGCCCCCUGUUCUGUGACUACUACAACCCCGAGGGCCUGUGCGAGUGGCACUACCAGCCCUGCGGGGCCCCCUGCAUGCGCACCUGCCGAAACCCCCGAGGAGAGUGCCUGCACGCUGUCCGCGGCCUGGAAGGGUGCUACCCCAAGUGCCCAGCAGAGGCGCCCAUCUUUGACGAGGACAAGAUGGAAUGUGUGGCCCGGUGCCCGUCCCCGCCCCCGCCCCCACCCUGCCGCGUCCACGGGAAGUCGUACCGGCCAGGCGCGUCAGUGCCCUCGGACCAGAACUGCCGCUCCUGUGUCUGCACCGAGAGUGGCGUGCAGUGCACUUACAACGCCAGCGCUUGCGUCUGCACCUAUGAUGGACGGCACUUCCGCCCGGGAGAUGUCAUCUACAACACGACGGAUGGCACGGGUGGCUGCAUCUCGGCCCGCUGCGGGGCCAACGGCACCAUCGAGAGGCGCGUCCACGACUGCAGCCCCGCCACCCCCGCGCCUCCCACCACCUUCUCCUUCUCCACACCCCCACUCGUUGUGAGCUCGUCACGGGCCCCCGGCACAGGCCCCAGCCAGAGCACGCCGCACGCUGGCCCUCCCAGCAGCGUCCGGCCUGCAGCCACGACCCCCAGGAUGACGCCUCCCACGGUGCCCCCCUCACAGCACCCUGGCUGUGAGGAAGAGUGUCAGUGGUCGCCAUGGCUGGAUGUCAGCCGCCCCGGGCGGGGCCUCGACAGCGGGGACUUCGACACGCUGGAGAACCUCCGUGCCCACGGCCUCCUGGCGUGCCCCGCACCCAAAAUGGUGGAGUGCCGGGCCGAGGAUGCCCCCGACGUGCCCCUGCACGUCCUGGGCCAGCGCGUGGAGUGCAGCCUGGCUGUGGGGCUCACCUGCCACAACAGGGACCAGGCGUCGGGACUCUGCGGAAACUACCAGAUCAGGGUCUUGUGCUGCACGCCCCGGGACUGCCCCACCUCCGGCCACCCAGCCCACACCCCGCCUGCCACCACCCUCCGGACGCCUGAAAUGGGGGACUCAGCCUCCUCGGGCCCCGUGAGCACCCCCGGCCCAGCCACGCUCUCCAGCCCUGCCCCAGGAACCCCCACGUCUGUCACGUCAACGCUGCCGCCCCACCCGACACCAGCGCCCACCACCUCCACCGUGGCGGCCACGCCCACGCCCACGUCCACAGCGCCCAGCCCGGUGUCCUGCUGGGAGAAGUCCUGCACGUGGACUGGCUGGAUUGACGGCAGCUACCCCGGGCCGGGCAGGAACAGCGGAGACUUUGACACAUUUGAGAACCUGAGAGCCAAGGGAUUCAUGUUCUGCGAGAGGCCAAGGAGCGUGGAGUGCCGGGCCGUGAGCUUCCCCAACACAUCGCUGGCGGACCUGGGCCAGGACGUGACCUGCAGCCCCAGGGAGGGGCUUGUCUGCCGGAAUGAGGAUCAGCUGCCGCCCAUCUGCUACAACUACGAGAUUCGCAUCGAGUGCUGUGACAUGGUGGACAGGUGCAGGCAGGGGACCCGGCCGGCCUACAGAGCCACAACCACACAGCCCAUGACACGGGAGCCCCCCACCAAGCCGACGGGGCCCCCCUCGACCGCCACAAAGCACACCUCGGGGAACUCAGCACCUCUGCCCACAGCCACCUCAGGCACAGGCCGGGUGCCCCCCACCUCGACCAGUGACUGCCAGCCCCGGUGCAACUGGACCAAGUGGUUCGACGUGGACUUCCCGUCCCCUGGGCCCCAGGGUGGGGACACGGAGACAUACGACAACAUCAUCAGGAGCGAGGAGCGCGUCUGCCACCGGCCCGAGGACAUCGCGGGCAUCGAGUGCCGGGCCGAGAGCCACCCCGAGGUGAGCCUGCAGCACCUGGGCCAGGUGGUGCAGUGUGACCGCCGCGUGGGCCUCCUGUGCCGCAACCAGGACCAGCCGGGGAGCCCCAGGAUGUGCCUCAACUACGAGGUGCGUGUGCUGUGUUGCGAGACCCCCAAGGGAUGCCCGGUGACCACCCUGCCUGCCACCAGCAGCCCGACUCACAGCACCUCCUCUGGGCCCAAAACCCGCACAACCUCUGUGGUCACAUCCAGCACCUCCUCCACGAAAGAGACUCACAUGCUGGCCACGAAAGAGACCCACACAACCGCCACAAAACACACCCACACAACCUCUGCAACUACAACCAGCACAACCUCCACAAAAGAGACCCACACCAGUGCCACGAAAAAGACCCACACAACCUCCGCAAAACAGAGCCACACCCUGUCCACGAAACAGUCCCACACAAUCUCUGCAUCUGCAACCAUCACAACCUCCACGAAGGAGACCCACACACCAGCUACGAAACAGACCCGCACAACCUCUCCUUCGACCACCAGCACAAUCUCUGCUCCUACGACCGGCACAGGCCACGUUUCUACCCCCGAGACCACCCACCCUGCCACCUCGACCACAACCUGCCAGCCCCGGUGCAAUUGGACCAAGUGGUUCGAUGUGGACUUCCCAUCCCCUGGGCCCCACGGUGGGGACACGGAGACCUACAACAACAUCAUCAGGAGCGGGGAGCGCGUCUGCCGCCGGCCCGAGGACAUCGCAGGCAUCGAGUGCCGGGCCGAGAGCCACCCCGAGGUGAGCCUGCAGCACCUGGGCCAGGUGGUGCAGUGUGACCGCCGCGUGGGCCUCCUGUGCCGCAACCAGGACCAGCCGGGGACCCCCAAGAUGUGCCUCAACUACGAGGUGCGCGUGCUGUGUUGUGAGACCCCCAAGGGAUGCCCGGUGACCGCCCCGCCUGCCACCAGCAGCCCGACUCACAGCACCUCCUCUGGGCCCAAAACCCGCACAACCUCUGUGGUCACAUCCAGCACCUCCUCCACGAGAGAGACUCACACACCCAUCACGAAACAGACCCACACAAUCCAUACCGUGGCUGGCCAGCUAUUCCCUGCAGGAUCCAUCAUAUACAACCAGAAAGACCUUGCUGGGCACUGCUAUUAUGCCCUGUGCAGCCAGGACUGCCACGUGGUCAGAGGGCAGGAUGUGGACUGUCCCUCCUCCACUCUGCCUCCCACCCUGGCCACGUCUUCUUCGACAUCCACCUCUGAGCCCAUCACAGAGCAGGGAUGUCCCAAUGCGGUUCCGCCUCGAAAGUGUGACCGCCGCGUGGGCCUCCUGUGCCGCAACCAGGACCAGCCGGGGACCCCCAAGAUGUGCCUCAACUACGAGAAAGGCGAGACCUGGGCCAUGCCCAGCUGCUCCCAGGCCACCUGCGAGGGCAAUAACGUCAUCUCCCUGCACCCGCGCACCUGCCCGAGGGUGGAGGUGCCCACCUGCGCCAAUGGCUACCCGGCCUUAAAGGUGGCUGACCAGGAUGGCUGCUGCUAUCACUACGAGUGCCAGUGUGUGUGCAGUGGCUGGGGUGACCCACACUACAUCACGUUCGACGGCAUCUACUACACGUUCCUGGACAACUGCACGUAUGUGCUGGUGCAGCAGAUCCUGCCCGUGCACGGCCACUUCCGCGUGCUCAUUGACAACUACUUCUGCGACGCCGAGGAUGGGCUGUCCUGCCCACAGUCCCUCAUCGUGGAGUACGGGCGGGCCAGCGUGGUGCUCACCCGCAGGCCUGUGGGCGGGGUGAUGACCAACCAGAUCAUCUUCAACGGCGAGGUGGUCAGCCCCGGCUUCCGGAAGGACGGCAUCGAGGUCUCCCGCGUGGGCAUCAAGAUGUAUGUGGCCAUCCCGGCGCUCGGCGUCCGCGUGAUGUUCUCUGGCCUCAUCUUCUCGGUGGAGGUGCCCUUCAGCAAGUUCGCCAACAACACGGAGGGACAGUGCGGCACCUGCACGAACGACCAGAGGGACGAGUGCCGCGAGCCCAGUGGAGCCGCAGUCGCCUCUUGCUCCCAGAUGUCCUGGCUCUGGAAUGUGACCCUCCCCGGCCAGCCGGCCUGCCGCGGACCCCCCCCGGCACCCACCCCCGCCGGCCACACCACAGCCGGGCCCACAACCCCGCCAGCCCCGUGCUCGCCGUCGCCGAUCUGCCAGUUGAUUCUGAGCGAGGUCUUUGAACUGUGCCAUGCCGUGGUCCCCCCACGGUCAUUCUACGAGGGCUGCGUGUUCGACCAAUGCCACAUGACUGACCCGGGGGUGGUGUGCUCUGGCCUGGAGCUGUACGCAUCACUGUGUGCGUCCUACGGCGUGUGCGUGGACUGGAGGGGCUGGACCAACCACACAUGCACAUUCAACUGCCCGGUCGACCAGGUGUACCAGGCAUGUGGCCCCGUCAGCCCUUCCUAUUGCUACGGGAAUGACAGUAACAGCCUCGUGGUUCUCCAGGAGGCCGGCCCCAUCACGGAAGGCUGCUUCUGCUCCGACGGCAUGACGCUGUUCAGUACCAGCACCCAAGUCUGUGUGCCUGUGGGCUGCCCCCGGUGCCUGGGGCCACAUGGGGAGCCGGUGGAGCCGGGUCACACGGUCAGCGUGGACUGCCAGGAGUGCACCUGCGAUGGGACCACAUGGACGAUGACCUGCCGGAACAGGCCCUGCCCUCCGCCCCCUCCCUGCCCCCUGCCUGGCUUCGUGCCUAUGCCUGCCACCCUGCAGGCUGGCCAGUGCUGCCCCCAGUACAGAUGUGCCUGCAACAUCAGCCACUGCCCCAAGCCUGUGGACUGCCCUGAGGGCUCCCGCCCAGCCCUGACGUAUGAGGAGGGGGCCUGCUGUCCCACCCAAAACUGCAGCUGGACGGUUUGCAGUGUCAACGGAACCCUGUACCAGCCUGGCGCCGUGGUCUCCUCCAGCCUGUGUGAGACCUGCCGCUGUGAGCUGCCCGGCGGACCCGGGUCGCACACGUUUGUGGUCAGCUGUGAGACCCAGAUCUGCAACACCCGCUGUCCCGUGGGCUUCGAGUACCAGCCACUGAGUGGGCGGUGCUGUGGCACCUGUGUGCAGGUGGCCUGCGUCAGCAACAGCAGCGGGGGCCCCGCCCACCUCUUCUACCCCGGCGAGACCUGGUCAGACCCCGGGAACCACUGCGUGACCCACGAGUGUGAGAUAUACCAGGGCGGGCUCGUGGUGGUCACCACGAAGAAGGCCUGUCCCCCACUCAGCUGUCCUGUGGCCCAGGCCCAGAGAAGCGAGGACGGCUGUUGCCUCUUCUGCCCACCCCCACCGAUCCAGAACGGGUCAACUUGUGCCGUGUACCACAAGCUCCAGACCGUCCGGCAGGGAGCCUGCAGCUCCGCGGGGCCCGUGCGCCUGGCCUACUGCCGAGGCAACUGCGGGGACAGCUCCUCCAUAUACUCGCUGGAGGCCAACGCGCUGGAGCACACGUGCCGCUGCUGCCAGGAGCUGCGCACGGCGCCGAAGACCGUGACCUUGCACUGCACCGAUGGCUCGCGCCGGGCCUUCCGCUACUCGGAGGUGGAGGAGUGCGGCUGCGUGGGCCAGCGGUGCCCUGCGCCGGGCGGCCCCAGCCACUCGGAGGAGCUGGAGAUGGGCACCCGGAGCGCGUGCCGGGCGCUGGCGUGGGCCUUGGCAGCCCUGUUGGCCGUGCACCGGGCAGAGACCCAGGGCAGUGCGGAGCCCAGCUGGGGAGGCACAGAGCCUGUCACGGACAACCAGAGGACACACAGCGCCCUGAACGCCGCACACAACGGGCGGGUGUGCAGCACCUGGGGGGACUUCCACUACAAGACCUUCGACGGCGACGUGUUCCGCUUCCCCGGCCUCUGCAACUAUGUGUUCUCCGCGCACUGCGGAGACGUCUACGAGGACUUUAACAUCCAGCUGCGCCGGGGCCUGGUGGGCUCCAGGCCCACGGUCACCCGCGUCGUCCUCAAGGCCCAGGGGCUGGUGCUGGAGGUGUCCAACGGCUCUGUCUUUGUCAACGGGCGGCGGGAGCAGCUGCCCUACAGCCGUGCAGGCCUCUUGGUGGAGAGGAACAGUGACUCCGUCAAGGUCAGCGUCCGGCUGGUCCUGACCUUCCUGUGGAAUGGAGAGGACAGUGCCUUGCUGGAGCUGGACCCCAAGUACGCCAACCAGACCUGCGGCCUGUGCGGAGACUUCAAUGGCCUCCCGGUCUUCAACGAGUUCUAUGCCCACAACGCCAGGCUGACCCCUCUCCAGUUCGGGAGUCUGCAGAAGCUAGAUGGGCCCACAGAACAGUGCCAGGACCCACUGCCCUCUCCGGCCAACAACUGCACGGACGAGGAGGGCAUCUGCCAUCGCACCCUGCUGGGGCCGGCCUUUGCUGGCUGCCACGCGCUGGUGGACGUGGCCGCGUACGUGGCCGCCUGCGCCCAGGACCGGUGCCGCUGCACGGUGCUGGACGAUGUCACACUCUCCGGCUGCCUGCCGCUCUGGCAGUGCCCCUGCACCCACGGCGGCCACACCUACGCCCCCGGCGCCUCCUUCAACACCAGCUGCAGCUCCUG